GCCAGCGUACUCCAGUACUCGUCGACGCGAACUCCCUGCGCGGCCUGUGCCACCGACCGUUCGGCGGUGUCCGGUCUCUCGCGCGUCUCUUGCACUUCGCGUCGCCAACGACCACCGGGGGAAGAAACGCCGAGCCUCCUCCGUUCGAGGAUCCUCCGCCGGUCCGCGGCAACGAGAGCGAUCAAGUUCGCGGUGCGGGUCCCCGAAGUUUCCCUUCCCCCCGUGCGCUUCACCCAGCAACGCGCGGCGGAGAACGAGACCACGAACGCUCCGGGGGUUUUUUUUAAUGUGUAACGUCAACGAGACGCCGCGAGAUGAAGCUCACACGGAACUGCCUGGGCAACAUCGGCAAGAUGUUGGACUUUUACUCACAAUUCAACCCCUCGCCGCUCUCGAUAAAACAGUUCAUCGAUUUCGGUCUAAGCGCCUGUGAGAGAAAAUCCUUCAUAUUCUUGAGGAAGGAACUGCCGGUACGACUAGCCAAUAUUAUGAAGGAGAUCCAUUUACUGCCGGAAAAUUUACUGAAAAUGCCUAGUGUGGGUAUUGUGAAUAACUUGUACAUCACAUCCUUCGAGGAAAUAAUACACUUUGAAAAAGUUGACGUCAACGAUACCACUUUAGACACAUUCUGCCAAGCUCUAAUAAAAAUACGGAACAGACAUACCGACGUCGUUCAGACAAUGGCGCAGGGUGUUUUGGAGCUGAAGGAAUCCCACGACGUGGACAUUCAGACUGAGAACAGCAUUCAGUAUUUCCUGGACAGAUUUUUCAUGUCCCGCAUUUCCAUUCGUAUGCUGAUCAACCAACAUACGCUCCUUUUUGGUGGGCAAUUGAACGGGCACAGUAGACACGUAGGAUGUAUAGAUCCAUCCUGUGACGUGAUCGGCGUCAUUAAGGACGCUUAUGAGAACGCACGGUUUCUGUGCGAUCAAUAUUAUCUGGCUAGUCCGGAAUUGAGAGUCAAACAGCAUAAUGAACUUGAGUGUAGUAAUGAGAUUAGGAUUAUUUAUGUACCGAGCCAUUUGUACCAUAUGUUAUUUGAGCUCUUUAAGAACAGCAUGAGAGCCGUGAUGGAACACCACGGAAGUGACUCGGACAAUUAUCCGCCGCUCGAGGUUUUGCUGGUGCGCGGCAAAGAGGAUAUUUGCGUAAAGAUAUCCGACAGGGGUGGCGGCAUUCCUCGUUCACAAACGGACCAUUUAUUUAAGUACAUGUACAGCACCGCUCCACAGCCGAGCAAAUCAGAUGCACAUACGGUACCGCUUGCAGGAUACGGCUACGGUCUGCCACUAUCCCGAUUGUAUGCCAGGUAUCUGCACGGCGACAUCGUACUGCUCAGCUGUGAGGGUUACGGGACAGACGCUAUUAUUUAUCUGAAGGCAUUAUCCACCGAGGCAAACGAACUAUUGCCGAUAUUUAAUAAGACGUCAUCGAAGUUCUACCGCACGCCGGUACCCACCGCGGAUUGGAGCAGCCAGUGUGGCGGUGGGAUGGCGACGAGGCAGCUUAGCAUGAGUCACGCGCAAGGCCACAGACUGCCCCACGGGAUGGAAAUCACUAAUUUAUAGCAGAGCGCGAUCGAUGCGGAUCAGAAAACGAUUGGAAGGAUCUUCUGUCCGCGUAUAACGAAGGAUGCUUUAAUAGGAAAGCUAGAUCUGUAUUCGAAGCCAGGGCAAAUAUUGAAGGAACAUUCUCUACAAAUAUGAGAAGCAACUCUAUAGUUACUAGACGGAUAAAACACUACACCAUAUUUGCCAAAGAUAAUAUUGAUAAUCUCUUCCUUGUGCCGUAAUUGAAUUACAUAUCAGAUCAAUUAUACAGAUUUGAUAAGUGAAGCUUUUUGUUUUCCAUCAACACGGUUUUUGUGGCACACACAAGCGUAGAAGAACAUCAGAUUAUCUACAUGUUUUAGUGACAAAAAAAACUGUAACAGGGUUUACGAUCAUUGAUUAAAAAAAACAAAAAAAAAGAAUUUUUUGACAAAUCUUGAAGUAACAAGUUAUCAUUCGUUUUAUAAUGAAUCGUUGCACGUUGCAUCCGAAUAAUUGGAUUGCGGUUAUUUCUAAUAUUAGGCUUUGUAUGACAGAAUGUGUACUUGAUCAUCUCACAUUGAUUAUACUACAGACAAUAUCAGCAUUUCAAUUUGAGAGAUAGCAUUUUUUGUUACAUUAUAGCUCCGAAUGUCGAAUGAUAUAUUCCUGGACCACGUUCUAAAAUUUGUAAAAAAAAAAAUAAUUUUUUCGUAUCUGGAUCAACGCAGAACACGUAUAUAAUGAUAUAUAUUAGAUUAGUAUAUAAUGUAAGGCGUAUAUUACAUUAACAUAUUACAUAUUUUUUCUAUAGAUUUUAAAUGCUGAGCAUU